GCGUCAGUGAUUUCGGGCAUGUGAAUUUUGGUUGCAAAAUUGUUACAUUAUUUUGAAGUUUUACUUUCUUUUCAAAUGCGUUUGUUUGUAGAUUAUUUAUCAAAACAUGCAAGAAGUUGUUGCGAACUUGGAUCAUGUAAAAUUUGAUUUGGAAUAUGCGAUCGACCAACAACUUGGAGUCCAACCGUUGCCGUUUACUGGAAUGGACAAAUCCGGGGCACCAGUUUGUCAUUUCUUCAAGUUAAGUAUUUGCCAACGUGGAGCAAAUUGUCCGUUCCGACAUGUGCUUGGGGAUAAAGCUAUCGUUUGUAAGCAUUGGUUGCGAGGUCUGUGUAAGAAGGGCGACCAAUGUGAGUUUCUUCAUGAAUACGACAUGAGCAAAAUGCCCGAAUGUUAUUUCUAUGCUCGAUUCGGACGUUGUGACAAUAAAGAUUGUCAAUACCAGCAUAUUGAUCCUGCAAGCAAGAUCAAAGACUGUCCAUGGUAUGACAGGGGAUUCUGCAAACAUGGAGCUACAUGUAAACACCGUCAUCGUAGAAAGAUAAUGUGCAUGAAUUACCUUGUGGGGUUUUGUCCUGAAGGAGGAAAAUGUAAAUUUGUUCACCCUCUAUGGGAACUCCCAGUGUCUGAACAGAAAGGAACACGAUGUCACAUUUGUAAUGAAUACGGGCACAAGGCUAAUCAUUGCCACAGAAACCUUGCAACAAAAUCUGAAAACGGUGGGGAGAUGAAUGGAGGGUUAGUUCUAUCAUUCAAUAAACAAUCCCCAUCAGCCAUGCAACCCAAUGUUAAGAAGUUGGUUGAUGAGAUAUUUGAACAACGGAGUCGAAGCCAACAACAGCAGAUCAAGAUAAUGCCACGUGGAGCACCAAGGGACCUUAGUAGGAUAACUUGCUUCAGGUGCGGACAGAAAGGUCAUUAUGCGAGUCGAUGUGCUGAGUUAUUCCCCAACCUUCCAAGACCAUGAUGACAUCAUAAUAAAGUGAAUGACAUCACAAUUGUGUUGAAUAUGACAUCACAGUGGGCAACCAGGUCCUAUAUUAUGCAGCACUUCCCAACUCUACAUUGAGUAAAUGCUUUGUCAUUUACAUUCAACACGUGCACCACCUCCCCCCCCCCCACCCCUCUAACUCUAGUUCAACCUUUUGGGUCCAACCUUGUUUUAUAUUGUCAUGUUAACCUUUAUAUUGUCCGUAGAUUGACCAGUUCACUGUUGGUGUAAAAUAUUAACCGGCAGGUCAUAAUAAAGCCUUUAUAUGUUGGAUUUGGAAUAUAUGUCUUAAUUCACCCACUCCAAAUAUCUGUACCAUAGCAGUCAAAAGUAAAACUGGAUGUCAAAGUUAAUAAAGGAUCCUGCUUGAAUAAAAUAGCACAUUUCAUGAUAUCUGUUUGACAAAUAUGUUAUAUGUUGCAAAAAAGUUUCUAUGAUUUUUAUUUGUAUUUUGCUACCCAUCUAAAUACAAUUCUUUAAACAAA